AUGGUUGAGCGCCAUGUUGACCUUGAAACUUUAAGAAGAUCCGUUCGUUUGCACGUCUCUGGUCCUAGACGGAACUCUGUGACCCGUUUUGAAGUGUUGAAGGCGUUACUUGACAUUGGAGUUCCGGGAACGGACAUAUUAUCGGUUUUUCGCUGUGAGGCCCCGAACACAUGGUUCUCAACGGUAACUGGACAGGACAUGGUUAAUAUUAUAGUUUCGAAUGGUAUGAUCCGUAAGGAACAGUUUGCCCUACAUCCAGAGCCGUGUGACCAGCGUCGCCUGACUAUCAGGGUUCAGUGGCUGCCUACGUGGAUUGACGAUAACUGUAUUGCGAACUAUUUCGAGACCUAUGGGAAAGUUAUCAACUUUUCCCGGGAGACCAGUGAAGUCGCGGGUGUUACACUGGAGACCGGUACUCGUGAAAUUACGCUUUUGAUUCGCGAGGGUGAUCAGGACGAUAUUCCUCAUAAGGCUAGGAUGUUUGGGAAGACAGCCUUGAUUAUGGUCCCCGGUCGUCCGCCCAUCUGUUUGAGGUGUCACCAGGUGGGACAUGUGAGAUCGCAGUGUCCUGGGAGGCCAGUGCAGGCUGCGUCUUACGCCUCUAAGGUUGCGCAGUCUGGGCCAGCUCCACAGCCAUCUUCAGAGAACUCAGUGACCGCGAGCCCCUCGGCCGGAGGGAGCGGUGAGCCCGUGAGCCCCUCACAGGGAGAGAACGGCGAGCCCGUGACCGUAAGCCCCUCGGCCGGAGGGAGCGGUGUGCCUGAGUUAGCUCAGCCCCAGAAACGUCAGGUCGAUGAUGAUGGAUUCCAGAUAGCGAAAAAGGGAAAGCACCAUAGCCACUCCCCUAUCGUUAUGGAGGAUGGGAACUUAGCCCCCGGACAACGUACCCCCGACGACCAAGAUGCCAAGGAAGAAUCGAUGGAUGAAGACGAGGGUUCAAGGAUUUUCCGAAAGCGCGUUUACAGAGGAAAUUUAGUUUUGCCUACAGCGAAAAUGGAAGUCCACAGUCAAGAAUUGGGCAUUCUUACUGUACACUGCUACCACAAUCAAAAUUGUCUCUGAAAGGUGUUUUAGACGACUCAAUCUGAGGCAGACGAAAGCGUCAACGAAUCUUCGUAUUUCUCUGUGACUGGACAGCGCUUACAUGCAAUCAAACUUUCCAUACACAACAUUAUGUAUUUCAGUUUCUGUCUACGGGAAAUUUUGCGCUGUCAGGCGAGAAAUUGCCGGCCCUAUUUGAGCUAGGUUUACAACAGUAUUGCUGCAUGAACAUUCUACUGUACCUCUUUUAUUGAAACCAGGCUUUCAAAGAAUUUACAUGUCGUACUAUUGAUCGAGUUCUACGUAUUCAAAGUAUUUCAAUAUGUUCCAUUCCCGUUGUCCCUUGAACAUCACUGACAUUAAAACUAAAGUUAUUGAAUUGAAAAUGUAUCAAUUUUCAUUUUGGUAUACACCAUUCGAGAACUGACAUUCCAUUCACGAACAUUAAAUCCUGGAGCAAAACAUGCGAUUCAUAUCCGUUGAAUUGUCUCCCCUGCACACUCGAAUACCGUGCUUUAAGGGGGAAAAGGAAAGAAUUUCAAUGAUCAUUAGGUACUCAUCAAAAUUUCCAUACACAACAUUAUGUAUUUCAGCCGUCUACAGGAAAUUUUGCGCUAUCCGGCGUGAAAUUGCAGGCCCUUUAUGGGCUAGGUUUACAGCAGUAUUGCUGCAUGAAAAUCAUACUGUACCUCUUUUAUUGAAACUAGGUGUUCAAAGAAUUUACAUGUCGUACUAUUGAUCGAGUUCUACGUAUUCAAAGUAUUUCAAUAUGUUCCAUUCCCGUUGUCCCUUGAACAUCACUGACAUUAAAACUAAAGUUAUUGAAUUGAAAAUGUAUCAAUUUUCAUUUUGGUAUACACCAUUCGAGAACUGACAUUCCAUUCAUGAACAUUAAAUCCUGGAGCAAAACAUGCGAUUCAUAUCCGUUGAAUUGUCUCCCCUGCACACUCGAGUACCGUGCUUUAAGGGGGAAAAGGAAAGAAUUUCAAUGAUCAUUAGGUACUCAUCAAAAUUUCCAUACACAACAUUAUGUAUUUCAGCCGUCUACAGGAAAUUUUGCGCUAUCCGGCGUGAAAUUGCAGGCCCUUUAUGGGCUAGGUUUACAGCAGUAUUGCUGCAUGAAAAUCAUACUGUACCUGUUUUAUUGGAACCCGCCUUUAGUAUAUCAGAUGAUAUAUGUGGCAAUGCUAGCAUACUUACCUGGUACAGGGGCUACCGUGAUCAGGAACGGCGGUGCCCCCAGGUCGAGGCCUAACCAUUGCACUCCGGUCGGGCUGAACCCUGCGAUAAUCCCAAAUGCGGAUUACUCGGGUACGCUAUUUUUUAGUGUGGGGGUCUGCGUUCGCGCUAACCCCUGUU